AUGCUUCGGGCGAGCGCACGCGGCCUUCUCGUCGGCCGCCGACGAGACCUCAUGGCCUCCCUCCUCGCCUUCUCCUCCUCCGCCUCCGGCCUCCCGCCCAAACCCUCGCCGUCCCACACCGCUCCCCCUCCGCCCCCGGCUUCCGCCUCCGCACGAGCGUCGCGCUUCCGCCUCCUACUCGCCCGCGCCGCCGCGCGCCGCGACCCCGAGCCGCCGCCGCCGCCGCCUCCGCAGGCCGAGAGCGAGAAGAAGUCGAUUGCGGUGAGAACGGGGGAGCUGUUCUUGGGUCUGAGUGCGCUGUUCAUCCGCGCGGGGAGAGGGACGGCGCCGGUGGAGGAGGUGGAGCGGAGCGAGGGGGUGUUGUGGGAGCAGCGCCCGGAGGACGUGGAGGCGGAGCGGCAGCGGAGGGAGGUGGCGACAGCGAGCCCCGGGUUCAGCUUCUCAGCCGCCGGGCUUCUCUUCCCCUACCACCUCGGCGUCGCGCAGUGCCUCCUCGACAAAGGCUACAUCACAGAAAGAACUCCGUUAGCUGGCUCAUCAGCUGGUGCCAUAAUCUGUGCAGUGAUUGCAUCCGGGAACACAAUGCAAGAGGCUCUUCAGGUGACCAAGAUUCUAGCUGAAGACUGCCGGAGUAAAGGGACUGCCUUUCGCCUUGGGGCUGUACUCAAGGAUGUUCUAGAAAAGUUUCUCCCAGAUGAUCUGCAUAUCAGGUGCAACGGAAGGAUCCGUGUUGCUAUUACUCAGUUGUCCUGGAGGCCUAGGGGCUUACUGGUCGACCAGUUUGACUCCAAGGAAGACGUGAUUAAUGCAAUUAUUACAUCUUCGUUUAUUCCUGGAUACUUAGCCCCCAGGCCUGCGACUUUAUUCCGUAACAGGCUGUGCGUUGAUGGGGGGCUUACAUUGUUUAUGCCACCUACUUCUGCUUCUGAAACAGUUCGAAUCUGUGCUUUCCCAGCUGGCAGACUAGGACUGCAAGGGAUUGGUAUUAGUCCAGACUGCAAUCCGGAGAACAGAGCUACUCCACGACAGCUGUUUAACUGGGCUCUGGAACCUGCUGAAGAUGAAGUUCUCGAUAAAUUGUACGAGCUUGGGUACCAGGAUGCAGCUGUGUGGGCUGAGCAGAACCCUCCUGAGUCAACUGUGAAGAUUGAGCAGCUCGUUACAGAUUGA